UGCGGCUGCUGUCACAUCGCCUGCGUCGCAAAACUUUUGUUUUUAAUUCUUCGAUACUUUUUUCUUUUUUAUUUUGCUGUUUCCUUCUCGGCUCGUCAUGAAAGCCAUCAGUCCCGUGCGCUCGGCGAGGAGCUGCUACAAAGCCGUGUGCUGCAUCUCCGAUCACAGCAUCGCCAUCGGCCGGAAUAAACACGCGUGCGUGGAGGAGCCGGUGAGCGCGCUGUGCGACAUGAACGACUGCUACUCCAAACUGAAGGAGCUGGUGCCCAGCAUCCCGCAGAACAAGUCCGUCAGCCAGGUGGAGAUCCUGCAGCACGUCAUCGACUACAUCUUCGACCUGCAGAUCGCGCUGGAGGCGGAGAACGCGGCCGUGCUGUCCAUCAAGACUUCGCGCAAUUUCUCCAAAGAAGAGGGCCGGUUGUUCCAUUAAAAUGAGGACACAGAAAUGAUGGUGCAGGGAAACACAUGUCUCCACUUCACUCCGGGCAAGAGGACAAGAGGGGCAGAAAGGGUGGGAUAGGUAUUUGGGAAAGGCGGAGGAAGAGGUGGUGGAGGAGAAGGAGGAGGAGGUUGAUGGGUUUUGAAAGAAAGAAAAGACAGCAAGAAGUGGACUGAGCAAAGAGAGAGGAGAAAGAAAAAAAAACCUCAUUGUUUGGCCCCUGGACAGACAAAUCAGCACACCAAAGCCAGCAACGGAAACCGAAAUCGACCUGCUUGGUUUGGCCUUCGUCCCCAAACCUGAGGAUUCCCUGCAGCGACAAUAACAGCCGACACAUUCUGUUCUUCUUCAAGUUGCAUUCCAAACUUAAAAAGACAAAAAAAAAAAAAGAAAAAUGUAUGUGGAUUAAACUCUACAGUAUUUACUGACACCUCAUCCUGAUCACUUUUAUACCAGGUCUCACAUGGUUGCAUCGCUUAUUCCUGCAUUAUGGAGACUGUUACUUCAUAAGAACCUGUACAUAUCUGCUGGGGGUACACGUGAAAGCCCAAGUCAAGGAUGAACGGGGUCUCAGUUUUAUUAGGGAUAAUCAGAACUCUAUAGUAGAGUCGAUUGUAAAUGUUUGUAGGGAUUGUUCUAUUUCUACAGACAAUGUCAUGAGUUUCAUAAACUCUAUUAAAGUUUGCUUUGUACGUAUGUAUGUAUAUGUAUGUAUGUUCAUAUUGAGAUUAAAAAAAA